ACUACAACUACACCCCUCCCCCAACACCACACUACACCACACCUAGCUCAAAUUGACUCACAAGAACCACCCAUCUCUCUCUCUCUCUCUCUAUUUGUGCUGUAUAUACAGGAGAGAUAGAAGGAACGGUUAAUAAAAAAUCCCCCAAAAGAUCCCAAAUUUUUGGGGUUUAUUUUUUUUUACUCUGUUCCAACUAUUUUGUGGUUACAUAGAACAGAGUGAAGAAAGGAGAGGAGUGUUUGAAAGAAGCCAAAAACAGAGUGAGUGGUGGCAAAGAGAAAAGUUCGGAUCUUUUUUGUGUUUGAAGAUUUGGGUUUGGUUUUGAUUUGAAGAAGAAGAAGACGAAGAUAUGGGGAUUCUAUACGACGACGUGGUGAUCUUGAGGCAGUCUGAGAAAGAAGGAGACCCAAGUGUGAUCACUGUCAAUUGCCCUGACAAAACUGGCUUGGGUUGUGAUCUUUGCCGCCUCAUCCUCUUCUUCGGUUUAAGCAUUGUCAGAGUUGAUGUGUCUACUGACGGGAAAUGGUGCUACAUAGUGUUCUGGGUCAUUGGAAAACCAAAUACCAGAUGGAGUUUGUUGAAGAAGAGAAUGAUGGGGGUAUGCCCUUCUUGUUCUUCAGCUUCUGGGAUUUACUUUUACCGAUCCGAAUUGCAGCCCCCCAAGCCUCCUGAUGUUUUCCUCUUGAAGUUCUGUUGCCGCGAUCGAAGAGGCCUUCUUCAUGAUGUGACGGUUGUUCUUUGCGAUCUCGAGCUUACAAUAAAGAGAGUGAAGGUGUCUACUACCCCGGAUGGCAGAGUGAUGGACUUAUUUUUCAUCACAGACACCAGGGAACUUAUGCAUACCAAGAAGAGACAGGACGAUACACACGACCAUUUAAAAGAUGUUUUAGGGGAUGCCAUGAUUAGUUGUGAAAUAGAAAUGGUUGGCCCUGAAAUUACCGCAUGUUCACAAGGGCCCUCAUUUCUUCCUCCCGCAAUCACAGACGACAAGUUUAAGUUAGACGUAGAUGAACACCAAAGUGGAUCUCUCACCUCCAACAGUGUAUCUAUCACUAUGGAUAAUGCUCUCAGUCCUGCUCACACGCUUGUCCAAAUUGUCUGUAAAGAUCACAAAGGUCUACUCUACGAUAUUAUGAGAACUUUAAAGGAUUACAAUAUCCAGAUUUCUUAUGGGCGAUUCACCACAAAAGAGAAUAGAAAUUGUGAAUUGGACUUGUUCAUCAUGCAAGCAGAUGGGAAGAAGAUAGUUGACCCUAGCAAGCAGAAAGCAUUGCUUUUGCGUAUUCGGAUGGAACUACUGUGUCCUAUUAGAGUAGCUCUGGUGAGCCGGGGUCCUGAUACAGAACUUCUGGUAGCAAAUCCCGUUGAGUUAUCUGGCAAGGGCCGGCCUCUUGUUUUCCACGACAUCACCCUUGCUCUCAAGAUGCUCAACACUGGCAUUUUUUCGGCUGAGAUUGGGAGGCACAUGAUUGGGGAUCGCGAAUGGGAAGUGUACAGAGUUUUACUCGAUGAAGGGGAGGGCUUGUUUGUUCCAAGGAACCAGAUUGAGGAAGCAGUCUGGAAGAUGUUAAUGGGGUGGGAGUGAAUAUGUCUGACGAUAUACCGUUUCGUUCGGAUUGCAUAUUUGCAACAAGCUUCCUUGCAUCACUGAACAGCAAUCUUCAAUCAGGUUAAAUAUGUACUAGAUGUAAAUAAGGAGGUAUGUUGUGAAAAAGCUGAGCUGUAUGAUAUUCUAGUAAAAAAGAUGAAGUAGAGUUGGUAGUGAGGAGAUGAGAGGAGAGUUGAGGCACUCCCGUCAUUGUGUAUAUGAAAUCUGUAGAGGAGAAGAGCUACAUGGUGUACCCUUGUAUGGAUGUUAUAGCUAUGUUAUUUAGAUUAAAACCAUGCUCUCCUACCUAACUAUUUUCCCCGGUUUUAUGGAGUCAAAUUAUUCCAACAAA